AUGGCUCCUCCCGUGGACGCUUCCGGCGACGUCAUUUUCAAAAAGAAUAAGGGUCUAAAGAAUCACAAGAAGGCGCAGAAAGAGAAGGCGCUGGCAAAGCGCAUCGCCGCCGCCGGGAAGUCUACCGCGAACAAGGCUUCGUACGCGCCGGUCGCUACCAUCGUUAUCAACAAGACUGCACCUGUAGAAGGAGACGUUAUUGGAAAUGCAGGACCGGCGCCCAUGGUAAAGACUUCUGCGCAGGUUAUCGUGGAGUCGUCCGAUCUUUAUCGACACGACUCGGCCACUGAUGAGACGGUCCUCGCCAACAUCGGGGCUCUUUCUGGAGCGCACACUACAACUGGUACCAAGACCGCCACGCCGCAACCGCACCUCUGCACACAUUUGCCCGUCGUUGUAUUCGAAGACGCCCCUACUGGCUCCAAGAACAACUCUCCAACCAAGGUAGCCAGCAACCAAACCAAACUCGAACAAGAGUUGAAUAGUACAUCUUAUCCCAAGACCGCUCCCUCUCCUCCAAAACUCAACUUUCCACAAGUCAGCCUACUCAAGACUGCUCCUUCCCCUCCAAAACCCAACACCUCACAAACCAGCAUGCUGAACCCAACCGCCCCAGCAUUCCUCUUCGGAAAGAUCAUAGUCGCCCAAACUCCACCCGUCUCCAUCACCCUCACAAAAGAAGACACCGCCCCAGGAUGGCCUACCGAAAACGCAAAAGCGUAUGAAAAGGCAUACGGCGUUGUCGCCCUUAACAAGGCCUUGGAAGCAGCGCUGUACGAGAGCAUGGAGACGCCGCGCCAGAGGCUGCUUCGCUGCAAGUACAGGGUUUCUGUUGACGCCGAGUUCCAUCGGGAGGAGCCGGUGCAUGACUUGGAGUGGGCAAUGGCCUUGAUUGGCAAGCCAGUUCGCAAGUGUUUCGAUGACAACGGCUUCCACAUCACGCCGAUCAAGACUGGCUUGACUGAAGCUGAUUUGACAAUCCCAUCAGCCCUCGACGAGAUGUUCGCGAAAGUCAAAGCUCAAGGCAUCUCCAAGAUCAGCGCUCCCAUCUCCACGGGUUACAAGUCCCCCAUCUCCGGUGCCACAUCAACAAAGAAGCCCGUUACAUCUCGGACUGUAGAGGACAUCGAGCAUGAAAUGCGUCUCGCCGCCCCGAAACGCCCUUCCCACGCCCCCUCGUUCGCAGACCCCGGUAUCCUCAAGUACACCUUCAACGGCCAGGAUUUCGACAACGUCGGCAACCCGCUCACGGAAACCGUGAGCCAAAAGGUACUCGGUUGGCUUGAAGACCAACCAACGGAUCCACCUGAACUCUCACCGGGUUCUUCGCGGCAGCAGAGUCGCGAGGCUUCGCCGCUUGAGCCUGGGAAGGGAGUCGUGGCUUUGACGUUUUGUUCAAAGUCUGAGUCUGAGGGAGGACAGGUUUGGCCUGCGCAGGAGGGCUUGCCUUGGGGGAUGGGCAAGAUGGGUAUACGCAUGGUUCGGGUGUCCCGGUGUACCCGUAUGUUGCUUCUGUCGUGA